AGUUAUCAAACGACCAUUGAUUAAACGUUCUUGAAAGAGAAUAAAUGAAAAAUGAAGAUCUUAACUUGGAAUAUCAACGGAAUUCGUGCUUCUAGACGUGAAAAAUCGUUGAAGGUCAUUUUGGAUUCCCUCGAAGCUGAUGUUAUUUGUUUGCAAGAGACGAAAGUCACUCGUGACAUGUUAGAUGAAGUGACAGCAAUUGUGGAUGGUUACAAUGCAUAUUUUAGCUUCUCAAAAGUGAAGACGGGAUACUCUGGAGUUGCGACAUUUUGCCGUGACAAAGUGACACCCAUAGCGGCCGAGGAGGGUCUUUCAUCUUUCCUUACCCCUCAGGAAUCUAUCGGGUGUUACGGCAGAAACACUGACUUCUCACCUGAUGAGUUAGAAGCUCUGGAUAGUGAGGGUCGUGCCAUACUCACUGAACACAGCCUUGAAGAGGGAAAGUCAGUUGUUAUUAUUAAUGUCUACUGUCCCAGAGCGGACAAGGAGAAUAAGGAAAGAGUGGAUUUCAAAAUGAAGUUUUAUAAACUGUUGCAAGAGAGAGCUGAAUCACUUGUCAAUGCAGGAAGGCAUGUGAUAGUUCUUGGUGACAUUAACACAGCACAUAAAAUGAUGGAUCAUUGUGAUCCUGACAAAGAGGAGUUAUUUGACGACCAUCCUGGACGAAAGUGGUUAAAUCAGUUUUUGGUAACAUCUGAAUUUAACGGCACCAAUCUUUACUCUGACACAGGUUCCCCUCUUCAGGCACAGGGUGGGCUGUUUGUAGACACAUUCCGUUGUUUUCACCCCUCCCAGCUUGACGCUUACACCAAUUGGUGCACGGUAACCAGUGCGCGUCAAACCAAUUACGGCACACGAAUUGAUUACAUUUUUGCCGAUAAAGAACUUGUUGAUAAAGAAUUCCUAGACUGUGUGAUACGAGCCGAUGUCGAGGGUUCAGAUCACUGUCCAGUUGUCGCUACUUUGAAGACGUUUUUCCAAGCAGCAGUGAAACCUCCCUCUCUCUGCACAAAGUUUAUGCCAGAAUUUUCAGGAAAGCAACAGAAACUUAAAUCUUACUUCUUGAAACACGGACAACAGUCGCAGAGUCAACCCGAGGCUUCUUCUAUGGGCUUAAGUGCUACCCAAGAAACAAAGCCGUCUUUAAAACGUAGUUAUUCUUUUGGUGAUGAUAAAAGCAAAUCUGUAAAACGCCAGAAAGCAGCCGGAGGGAAGAACAAAGCUGAAGGACAGCCAAAGACAAAUCUGUUAACUUUUUUUAAAAGAUCUAUAGAUCCGGUUCCAGUCAACAAGAGUGUUACCAAGGUAACUAACGAAGCGUUUGAUUUAGUUAAGACUACUAUUUCCGAGGUUGAACAUUGCGUAGGCGCGGACAUCUUCUCUUCAGGCGCAAAUACCUCCGUUUCAUCUUCAGACAAGGCUUCAGAUAUUUGUGAAAACGAACCAAUCUCCGUAAACCUAUCGAGUCGCAAAGAUUGCGCAGAAGAACGCAAAGUGGAUUCGGCAGUUUGGAAAAGUAUUCUUUCCGGGCCCCGUCCGCCCCCUCUUUGUAGCGGUCAUAAGGAACCUUGCGUCCUAAGAACUGUUAAAAUCAAAGGUCCGAAUCAAGGGAGGCAGUUUCAUUGUUGUGCGAGACCACAAGGACACAGCUCUAACCCUGAAGCUCGUUGUAAUUUCUUUAAAUGGGUAAAAUAGAGUUGAUUUCGGAGGUUGUGUGAAUAUCGUGGGGUGUUCGCUUAACAAAAUGAUAAUAUUAAACUUUCGUUUUUCCCAAAAAAAAGUAUUUCUUUUAAAGAAACAAAGAUCUCCAGUGAACCUCUUCGUAAGAAAUCGUUUGGGAACAAACGACUGAAGGCAACAUUAAAAAAUUAGUUUGAAAGCAACUUUAGAACAACUCCAAAGGGGAACAUGUAGAUAUGGUCCCAUCUCCAAGCA